CUAAAUGACAAAAUGACAAUCUUCUGAUCUUUCUGAGCAGAUCCACGAUUCUUCUGUUAGUGACUGCUAAUUCCAUUCCGAUGGGUGCGUCUAGAAGAAGCAGAGGUGAAAUUCGGAGGGAACUUUUUGGCUUGAAAAGAAAGGCAGUUGCCUUCAGACGCCAAGGGGAGAUUGAGGAGGCAGAGGAAGCACUGAAAAUGGCGAAAGUAUUGGAGGACCAAUUGGCAGAGAUGGAAGUGCCAAAAAAAGAAAUGCGAGCUGAAACCGAUAAGCAUGUGGAAAAUGAGUUCAUUAGUAAUUUUGUACAUCCUGAUCAUGCAGUCAUUGAAGAUCUUGGAACCAAUGACCACAUUGAACAUGAAAAAAUAGAUGAAACAGUUCAUAGAAACAAUAAGCCACAUGUUGAUGAAUCUGAUUCAGUUUUGGCAACUGUUUCUCGCAAUGACCAAAGUUCUGUCCGGCAAGAAAUCUUGGCUGUCAAAAGGAAGGCUGUUGCUUUAGAGAGAGGGGAAAUUGGCAGAAGCUAGGAAGGAACUUCGACAAGCAAAGCUUUUAUGCUACGUUUGGUUGAGGGAUUUGGGAAGGGAUUGGGAAAAGAUGUGUGAAACUAGAUAAAAUGUAAGCAUAUUUUAUUCACAUUUCACUUAACUUUUUUCUUUUCCUUUUCAAAUCUCUUCUCAAAUCCCCCAACCAAACACAGCAUCAGAAUUCUAGUAAAGUUUCAAAUUCUACUUCAUUUGUCCCUUCUAUUGUACAAAAAGAGCACAGCCCGUCAAA